AUGGCUGAGCGCAACGCCCUCAUAACACCAUCAAGCUGGCAAGCGCCGCCGGCACAGACGGAUGACGUCGGCAUGAACGGCCAGCAAACCACACUCAAGGAGGACGAGCCAGCAGCACGUGAUGUUGGCUUGCCGGAGCCUUACAAAUCGUUCUUGGGAGAGUCAGAGAAAAGAUAUGCAAGGAAAGAAGCAGUAGAAGCAGCUACCAAAGACUAUGACAAAAAGCUAGAGGGGAAGGAGUUGGAUCGUGAGAAGGAUUUGAGGCAUCUAAAGCUUGAAUUCAUUCUCCACGUCGACGGUCUCAAGCGAAAGAAUGAAGAGCUGCAGAUCACGAUUGACGCCUUCCACAUGCUGUUUGAGAAGAUGCGCGGCGAGCAUACGACAGAGAUCCAUGAACUUACUCAAGCUAUGCAGCUACUUUGGAGUGAACUGUAUGCCAAGGACAAGGAGCUCAAGGUCAUGUAUGACGCGCACGAUGCUCUGGUCAAGAAAGUCGACGAGGAGAGGGCGGAGUUACCGAAGAAGCUGGCCGACGCUGCGAGGGAUGCGCUUGCUCUUCAAUCCAACGCACUCAAGUUAUCUGACAAUGCCGUUGUUGCAAAAGGCCCUGCAUCCGUUCCUGCGCACCUCAAAGGCAAAUCUCAACGCUUCGCACACUGCAGCCAGUGCAUGCGACACAACUGGGACUGCGACCGCGGGGUUCCAUGCAAGAACUGCUCGUUGCAAGGCAUCAAGAAAGGUUGUAGGCGGGUUGCGUGCGAAGACUACAAGAAGGGCACGUGCAAGAACAAACAGUGUCGCUUUGCACAUGAAGGAGAGAUAUACAAGCGGCUCCAUCCUUCCGAAGACGUAUGGGGUGAUGGGCGUGAGCUGAGUCCAGUCGAGCUCGACAAGAUGGGUGUUUGGUAG